GGCGCUACGUCACACCCGGAAGCAGCGGCGGGUCUGCAGGCUCCCGGUUCUGUCGGUCAGUCUCCCUGUCUGGCUGGGCUCGGGCCGGCGGGCGAGUGCAGCGGAGCGAAGCCGGAACGGAGCCAUGAGCGGGGAGCCCGGGGCCGAGCUUGCAGCGCCCCCUCCCGGGGAGCCCCUGCCCGGCAGCGGGGUCCGCAUCGUGGUGGAGUACUGCGAGCCCUGUGGGUUUGAGUCUACCUACCUGGAGCUGGCGAGUGCUGUGAAAGAAGAGUACCCUGGCAUCGAGAUUGAGUCACGCCUGGGGGGCACUGGAGCCUUUGAGAUCGAGAUCAAUGGCCAGUUGGUCUUUUCCAAGCUGGAGAACGGGGGGUUUCCCUAUGAAAAGGAUCUCAUUGAGGCCAUUCGAAGAGCCAGUAGUGGAGAACCUCUGGAAAAGAUCACCAAUAGCCGCCCCCCCUGUGUCAUCCUGUGACCCUGCAAGGUCUGCAGUUCCCUCUCGGGCCAGGGCUCCUUCCCUAUUCCCCUCUAUCCUGGAUGCCUCUUCCAUAUUGGGGUCCUCUCCAUCUUAGCAAAAGCCUUCCUCCUUGGAGAUUAGGAUGAGCGAGCCGAUUUCAUUGACCAAGCAUUGGUUCACCCCAACAACCCUCUUGGUCCUGUCACCUCUCUGCCCACCCCCUCUGUGCUGAGAGAUCCCGACCAACUUCUUGGUGAAGCCAGGGGGCAAGAGCUUCGCAGAUCCCAGGUACGAGCCUGGCUGCCACCUCCCCUAGAGAGGGGACGGUUUGGCCCAAGCUCAGAGUAGGGGGGAGAAACCACCCCAGCCCCCACCCCCAGUAUUUCAUGGAAACUUCUUAUCUACAAAUGCGUGUGUGCACACACACGCGCGCACACAGUGCCUCAAAGAUGCCUGUACCCUCCCUCCCUUGGCAGUGCCAAUGAGAUGCCACCAAACUUCUAAUUUAUUUCUCCCAUACAGCCCUACAACACAUCCCCUUACUCUAGGGGAUACACCAAUUGUUGGCAAUAAAGUGACACUGCUACUCUU